AUGGCGGACGCAGAAGUCGAGCAGACUAUUCAGAAGCAGCGCAAGUCAGUCGCAUUCAGCGAAGGCUCGGUCAUCAUGGACACCAACGGCCAGGUCACCGAGACCCCCACUGCUGAGCAGCCCCCAGCCGACAAGGAAGUGGACGAGGUCACCGAUAUGUUCAAGGGCCUCUCCAAGAAGAAGAAGACGAAGAAGACCAAGGACAGCGAUGCCGCUGAGGGCGAUGAGGCACCCGCGGCUGAUGGCGAGUUCGACCCGUCGGCGCUGAAGAAAAAGAAGAAGAAGCCCAAGAAGGUCGAUGCCGGGGACUUCGAGGCCAAGCUUGCUGAGGCCGGUGUUGCGGAGGAGUCCACCCAAGAGCAACCUGAAGAAGUGCUCGAAGGGGACCCUGAAGCCGGCACGGGUGUCUGGGCCCACGACUCGACGCAAGCCAUCCCGUACUCGCUCCUCGUGUCCCGAUUUUUCACCCUCGUCCAGAGCCACCACCCCGACAUCCUGUCCAGCGGUUCCAAGUCUUACAAGAUCCCCCCGCCUCAGUGUUUGCGUGAAGGUAACCGUCGUACCAUCUUCGCCAACAUCGCCGAUAUCGCCAAGCGCAUGAAACGUUCCGACGAACAUUUCAUGCAGUUCUUGUUCGCUGAGCUGGGAACCAGUGGUAGUGUCGAUGGUAGCCGUCGCCUGGUCAUCAAAGGGAGAUUUCAGAGCCGCCAGCUCGAGACAGUUUGUCGAAGAUACAUCAUGGAAUACGUUACUUGCAAGACCUGCCGCAGCCCCGACACCGAACUCAACAAAGGUGAAAACCGCUUGUAUUUCAUCACCUGCAACUCCUGCGGUUCCCGCCGUUCCGUGGCCGCCAUCAAGACCGGUUUCCGUGGACAAGUCGGCCGCAGAAAGCGUACUGGCUAA